GCUGGCGGGAAAGCGGCUGGCGGGCGAUCGGCGGCGGCUGAGGCGGCGGAGCUUCUCGUCCGGACCGGCACCAUGCACGUCGUCAAGCGAGAUGGCCGCCACGAGCGGGUUAUGUUCGACAAGAUCACCUCCCGGAUCCAGAAGCUCUGCUACGGCCUCAACUUGGAUUUUGUGGAUCCCGCUCAAAUCACCAUGAAGGUGAUCCAGGGACUGUACAGUGGGGUGACCACGGUCGAGCUGGACACGCUGGCGGCGGAGACGGCAGCCACUCUCACGACCAAGUACCCCGACUACGCCAUCCUGGCCGCGCGCAUCGCGGUCUCCAACCUGCACAAAGAAACGAAGAAAGUCUUCAGUGAUGUGAUGGAAGACCUCUACCAGUACGUGAACCCCCACAGCCGCAAACAUUCUCCCAUGAUCUCCAAAGAAACCCUGGACAUUGUGCAGGCCAACAAGGACCGACUGAAUUCUGCAAUAAUCUACGAUCGGGAUUUCUCCUACAAUUACUUUGGCUUUAAGACCCUGGAGCGCUCCUACCUUCUGAAGAUCAAUUCCAAAGUGGCCGAGCGUCCCCAGCAUAUGCUGAUGAGGGUCUCGGUGGGGAUCCACAAGGACGACAUCGAGGCGGCCAUUGAGACCUACAACCUCCUGUCUGAGAAGUGGUUCACCCACGCCUCCCCCACCCUCUUCAACGCCGGCACCAACCGCCCUCAGCUCUCCAGCUGCUUCCUCCUGUGCAUGAAGGACGACAGCAUCGAGGGCAUCUAUGACACGCUGAAGCACUGCGCGCUCAUCUCCAAGUCUGCGGGCGGAAUCGGGGUGGCCGUGAGCUGCAUCCGCUCCACCGGCAGCUACAUUGCUGGGACCAACGGCAACUCCAACGGGCUGGUCCCCAUGUUGAGGGUCUACAACAACACGGCUCGCUACGUGGACCAAGGGGGAAAUAAGAGACCCGGGGCCUUCGCCAUCUACCUGGAGCCCUGGCACUUCGACAUCUUUGCCUUCCUCGACCUGAAGAAGAACACCGGGAAGGAGGAGCAGAGAGCCCGGGACCUUUUCUACGCCCUCUGGAUCCCGGACCUCUUCAUGAAGCGGGUGGAGAACAACCAGGACUGGUCCCUGAUGUGUCCCAACGAAUGUCCUGGCCUGGACGAGGUCUGGGGAGAGGAGUUUGAGCGGCUCUAUGAAAGCUACGAGAAGCAGGGCCGGGUGCGCAGAGUGGUGAAGUCCCACCAGCUCUGGUACGCCAUCAUCGAGUCCCAGACGGAGACGGGGACGCCCUACAUGCUCUACAAGGACGCCUGCAACCGGAAGAGCAACCAGCAGAACCUGGGCACCAUCAAGUGCAGCAACCUCUGCACCGAGAUCGUGGAGUACACCAGCAAGGAGGAGGUGGCCGUCUGCAACUUGGCCUCCCUAGCGCUGAACAUGUACGUGACGCAGGAGCCCAGCUACGACUUCCAGAGGCUGGCCGAGGUCACCCAGGUCAUCGUCCGGAACCUGAACAAGAUCAUCGACAUCAACCACUACCCGGUGCCGGAGGCGGAGACCUCCAACAAGCGCCACCGCCCCAUUGGCAUCGGGGUGCAGGGCCUGGCCGACGCCUUCAUCCUCAUGCGCUUCCCCUUCGAGAGCCCCGAGGCCCAGCUGCUCAACCGGCAGAUCUUCGAGACCAUCUACUACUGGGCCCUGGAGGCCAGUUGCCAGCUGGCCAGGGAAGACGGGCCCUACGAGACCUACCAGGGCAGCCCGGUCAGCAGAGGAAUCCUCCAGUACGACAUGUGGGGCGUGACCCCCACAGGCCUCUGGGACUGGAGCGCCCUGAAGGCAAAAAUUGCGCAGUAUGGGGUCAGGAACAGCCUCCUGGUAGCCCCGAUGCCCACGGCCUCCACGGCUCAGAUUCUGGGGAACAACGAGUCCGUGGAGCCCUACACCAGCAACAUCUACACCCGCCGGGUCCUCUCGGGGGAGUUCCAGAUUGUGAACCCCCACUUGCUGAAGGACCUGACCGAGAGGGGCCUGUGGAGCGAGGAGAUGAAGAACCAGAUCAUCGCCUUCAGCGGCUCCAUCCAGAAUAUCCCGGAGAUCCCCGAGGACCUGAAGCAGCUCUACAAGACGGUGUGGGAGAUCUCCCAGAAGACCGUCCUGAAGAUGGCGGCUGACCGGGGCGCCUUCAUCGACCAGAGCCAGUCUCUCAACAUCCACAUUGCGGAGCCCAACUACGGCAAGCUGAGCAGUAUGCACUUCUACGGCUGGAAGGAGGGCCUGAAGACGGGGAUGUACUACCUGCGGACCAAGCCGGCGGCCAACCCCAUCCAGUUCACCCUCAACAAGGAGAAGCUGAAGGAGAAGGCCUCCCGGGGGGACGAGGAGGAGGAGGAGAAGAAGGAGAAGGAGAAGGAGAGGAACACGGCGGCCAUGGUCUGCUCCCUGGAGAACCGGGACGAGUGCCUGAUGUGCGGCUCUUAAGGAGCCCCCGGGCCUCCCCCCGCCUCCCCCCCCCUCCAGCUAG